UGGCUUUUGAUGGAACCAAACAAUCCCUUAUCCCGCCUCCUUCUCUAUCUUCUUUCCAUUCAUCUAUCUCUUUCUCUUCGCUUCACCACAGAAACGAUUCCCUUGUCUCUUUCCUUUUGGUUUCUUCUUGCCCUUUUUGUUAUCCUUCAUUCCAAUAUUUGGAUUACUAAAGGAAAAACAAAAGGAGAAAGAAAAAAAUCCCACAUUUUCUAUUCUUUUCCCAUUUCUCUUACAAUACUAAUCCUUUGAUUUCCGUUUAUUUAUUUUAUCCUCACCAUUUUUCUUUUAAUAUUAACCUAUUCUUCUUUAUUCUUUAUUACCCCUUAAUCCCCCUCCCUCCCAAGUAAUGGCAAUUGCUUGGUCUGAAAAAGCUUCUUCUAUGGAGUCUUUGUCCUUGUCUCCUCCUGUGUCACCAUCCGUCAUCCUAACCCAAGACGAAUUGAAAAAAAUUGCCGCUUUUAAAGCGGUUGAGUUCGUUGAAUCAGGCAUGGUUUUGGGUUUAGGCACAGGCUCGACAGCCAAACACGCCGUAGAUCGAAUCGGCGAGUUGCUUCUUCAAGGCAAACUGAAAAACAUCAUAGGAAUCCCUACCUCAAAGAAAACACAAGAACAAGCACUUUCUUUAGGUAUCCCACUUUCAGAUCUCGACAGCCAUCCCACCAUUGAUAUAGCAAUCGAUGGUGCUGAUGAAGUGGACCCACAUCUUAAUCUCGUCAAAGGCAGAGGUGGGUCCCUUUUAAGAGAGAAAAUGGUGGAAGGAGCUUGUAAGAAAUUUGUUUGCAUUGUUGAUGAAUCAAAGUUGGUCAAGUAUUUGGGAGGUAGUGGAUUGGCUAUGCCUGUUGAAGUUGUUCCCUUUUGUUGGAAAUUCACUGCUAACAAACUCCAAAACUUGUUUCAACAUUCGGGUUGCGUCGCCAACCUGAGGAAUGAUUGUAAAGGGGAGCCUUUUGUAACGGACAAUGGGAAUUACAUUGUCGAUUUGUACUUGAAGAAAGAUAUGGAGGAUUUGCAGGUUGCAAGUGAUGCUAUUUCGAGGAUUGCUGGUGUUGUUGAACAUGGCAUGUUUCUUGAUAUGGCUACUACUGUUAUUAUAGCGGGUGAGCUUGGAAUCACCAUCAAGAAUAAGUAGAAACUGAGAAAAUCAUUCUAACACCUUUUAAUAUUUAGGGGAUUACUAUUGUAACUGGGGAUGGAUUUUUGGAUUAUUUUUUGGCAUAUCAAUUGCUUGAUGAGGAGAGUUGUCUUCUCAAGUUUUGCUAUUUCUACGGAGGCAAUUUUGAGGGAAGUAAAGCCUAGGAAUGUUAGGAUUGUGAGACCAGUUGCAAUAUAUUUGAAAAUUUUGACAGAAUCAGAUUGAUAUUUGAAACAAGGGGUGUUUUAUGUUCUUUAAUAGGUUUCUAAUGUUGUUUAAAACCUGCAUGGUUGUUGCUUUUUGCCUCAUAACGUAUGGAGUAUUGGCCAACUUGCAAAUUGCAAAUGACAUGCAAUGUUUUGUAUUGGUUUCAUGAAUUCAGGGCAGAUGUGGUGAUUUUCUUUUUAUGCGAGACUGUCAGGAUUCAAUCUUUAAUUACCGAAAUCGAGUUCACUAUUUUACCAACA